CUAGCAGCCCCAAGACGUGUUCGAUUUACCGCUGCUGAUCUAGUUUCCUGGCGGCUGAAAUGAGACAACCUGAAAAAGCCUUCCAUGAAAAGUGGUUCAGUGAAAGAGGAUAAACACGGAAAACAAAACCCGCUGCUCUGUGAGAAGAAAAAAAAACAUAAAACAGUGAUAAAGUCAAGAAGUGAAGCGAAUCUGAAAAGAAACGACUAACAAGUGAGAUCAACCACGGAAACACGUUAUCCAUGUAUAAUUAUAUAAUCAGAAUAACGAGCAGUCCUAUGGAAGAAAUUGUGUAGAAGAUAGCGAAGAAGCACCAAAGAAGAGCCUCAAAGAAAAAAAGGGAAAAGUGAUAUUUAUUAUUAAAUAACAACAUAAUUAGUGCCCGAUAUCGGUUUCAAGCUCGACGGUACAACCCAUGGAAUGAGUGGCUUGGAAAGGCUUUUAAAGUUGAGUGAAUGUCAAUGUCCGUGAAGUGAUUAGACCAGUAAUUCGCACUAAUUGAUGCAAAGCAAUCUACAGACGGUGCAGUGAAGACGGUGUGCUGAAAUGAAGAUGCUGUUUUUGAAAUUUAUACCAGUGAUAGCGUUACUGAUUGUACCAAUCCGUGCGCAAGAUGACUCCUUGGCAGGAAGCUUCUUAUCAGGGCUACUGGAUUCAAUAACCAGCACAGAGGAUGCAAAAGGAUGUCCUGGAGUAUGUGUGCAUACUCUAGCAACGUUAAUCUGCUACGAAGUGUUGGAAGAUAUUCCCUGUCCGUCCCCUAGCAUGAGGUGCUGCGUUGAAAGUCAAGCCGCAGCAGCUAAUAUAUCCACUACCACCACUGCCCGACCCAGGCCCACAACGACGACAAGGCCAACGACCACAACUCCAAAACCCACAACAGAGAGCAAAAUUAAGGAAAAGGAUAAGGAUAGUAAAAACAAUUCAACAUGCCCAGGAGUUUGUGUAGCCGAUAGAAUCGCAGAAUAUUGUGAAGCGUAUCUUAUGACUCCCGGGCUCUGCAAAAGCGGUACUAAAUGUUGUGUUUCGAGAGACAUUUAUCCCGAUAAGCCACCCGCUGAUUUAUAUGUUCCUACGGCGCAUUUUGAUAGCAAUAAAAAUAAAACUACAACUCCAAAACCGUACCCAAAAACUACAGAAAAAGUAACACAUGAGGAGCCUUUGAAAUCAAAGACUAACCCAGCACCGAAGCCAACAAAACCAACACCUCCAAAGCUUAAAACAGCGCAACAAACAAAUCAGCAAGGAACAGUUCACAAGUCAUGCGAAGGAGAAUGCGUAAAUGGGUUAUUCGCACUGUUUUGUGACGAUGUCGAUAGUGAAGCAUUUUGUCCUAACGAAGGAUCCUGUUGCGUAACUGGAACAGCUGACGAUACGAAACAUGAAAUCGUUACCACAACCAGACGACCAAAUACACCUCCUCCACUGCGAAGAUGUCCAGGGUUCUGUAUGCUCAACAUCAUGGCAGCGUUCUGUGAACGACCAUCGGAGAUCAUUCCAAACACUGCAAACUGCAAGCGAGGAUCGAUUUGUUGUGAUAACACGAAGGCCCCGGUCACCAGACCAGCGCCUAAACGGCCACCACCGCCACCUACAACAACGACCACACAGGCUCCUACUACGACUGCAGCUCCCGAUCCGAGAGAAGAAUGUCCAGGUUCAUGCAUCGUAGGUUUACUGAGCUUCACGUGUUUCCGGAAUGCCGAAAUGACCGAUUUAUUCAAAUGUAAAAAAUCAGGAACGCAGUGCUGCGCUCCAAAGUCUAAAAUCCAGGAAGUACAAAUGGCGGCAGGCAAAAUCAAGCCAAACGACACCACUUAUCCGCCUCCACCACCACCUCCGAAUAUGGCACAGCCAUAUCCAGCACCACCUCAACCUUUACCGCCAGUACAGCAACCACAACCACAACCAGGGUAUGGACCUCCAGUGAUGAACAGCUAUCCAGGACCAGUUAGCAAUAAUAUUUACGAAAUCCCACAAACACAACCACCAGUUCAUCAACUCUCUCAACCUAUUUAUGAGCCACUACCAACAACAACGACCGCAAGGCCUCAAGUGUACUCCAAAUAUGUAUGUGGAGUAAAAGGAACGAGCCGAGGAGCCCGAUCGUUCCUCAGCCGAAUUGAUUUAGCACACUCUUCCUCCAGCAGAAGCCGUACUGGUCGUCACAUUGAACUAGAGAACAUAUAUCGAUCGAAAGGCACCGAGCGGUUGGUUCUUGGCCACAGCAUCGUGCCCAUUCCUAUUAUUUAUCAUGAUCACAACGAUACAGUUCCGGAAGACCUGAUUCAUCAUCCUAGUAUUUCUAGGACGAACUCAACCACGAACAAAUAUUGGAACAGUCAUCGCAAAGGCCGCGUUGUCGGUGGAGAGGAUGGCGACAAUGGCGAGUGGUGCUGGCAAGUCGCGCUGAUUAACUCGCUGAAUCAAUAUCUGUGCGGUGCGGCGCUAAUCGGCACACAAUGGGUCCUCACAGCCGCGCACUGCGUCACCAACAUCGUGCGGUCUGGUGAUGCAAUAUAUGUCCGGGUAGGUGAUUAUGAUUUGACGCGCAAGUUCGGCAGCCCGGGAGCACAGACGUUACGAGUCGCAACCACCUAUAUUCAUCACAACCACAACAGUCAAACUCUCGAUAACGAUAUCGCUCUGUUAAAGCUGCACGGACAAGCAGAACUCAGGGACGGUGUUUGUUUGGUCUGCCUACCAGCUAGAGGCGUAAAUCAUGCCGCCGGAAAGCGCUGUACAGUCACUGGAUACGGUUACAUGGGUGAGGCAGGACCAAUUCCCCUGCGAGUCCGGGAGGCAGAGAUCCCCAUUGUGAGCGAUGCCGAGUGCAUUCGAAAGGUGAAUGCAGUCACGGAGAAGAUCUUCAUCCUACCGGCAUCUAGCUUCUGUGCUGGGGGAGAAGAAGGCAACGACGCCUGCCAGGGCGACGGAGGAGGUCCACUGGUUUGUCAGGAUGACGGUUUUUACGAACUGGCUGGUCUUGUAUCGUGGGGAUUCGGAUGCGGCCGGGUGGAUGUACCGGGUGUGUACGUAAAGGUGUCUUCCUUUAUUGGGUGGAUCAAUCAAAUCAUCAGUGUCAACAACCUAUGAUCUACAAAAGAACGAACCUAGGACCCUUGAACUACUGUGUAAAUUAAACUAGAGCAAUGAUAAGAUUAGAUGAUAGGACAUAACAGCUAAGGUAAUUUAUUGUUUGUAGUAAGGAAAAGACUAAAUUUUAGUAAACACUAAGAUUUCAUCACUGCUUCAUCCUAGAAAUGGUUUAUUUAUUUCACUGAUAGUAUCAAUGUUUCUUUACCUAAACCUACUGAACACACUUUCAAAUUUGGUUCAAAUUUGAAAAGAUUUCUUUACCUAAGAGUAUCGUAGUUUUAUUGUAAC